AUGAUCGAGGUACUCUUUCAGGAGUUGGACCGAGGGGAGCCCCGUCCGUCACCCGACCACCGGCCCGCUGAACCAGAAAUGCCACAGCCCGAGGAAAUUAUUAACGACAUGUUUAUGGAUGAUAACGAUAUUAACGAUGAACCAAUUAACAACGACGACAUUAACCUUAUUAACAACGACAUUAACAUUAACGACGACGCUAACGAAAUCCAGGCAGAAGAGGGGCCUGCGCAGCCCCGUUACUUCUUGUGA